AUGAAUAAAGACUAUGACGUCAUCAUUCUUGGCACCGGAUUGAAAGAAUGCGCCCUCGGGAGCCUCCUGGCCUCUCUUGGAAAGAAGGUCCUCCACAUUGACCGCAGCAGCGCCCAGCAUGCGGGGGACAGCGCCUUGCUGAGUCCACUCAAUGUUGCCUACCGUCAUUUCAGCAUGUCGGGUUCAUUCCCUACCUCCAUGGGCCGUGGACGCGCCUGGAAGGUGGACUUGCUGCCCAAGUUCCUCAUGGCCAAAGGACAGCUGGUGAGAAUCCUGGCCCACGUGGAUGCGCUGCGUUACCUGGAUUUGCGUGUGGUGGAAGCUGGCUUCCUUCUCAAGGGCAGCCGGAUUUACAAGGUGCCCUCAACGGAGACUGAGGCCCUGGCCUCCGGACUGAUGGGACUUUUCGAGAAACGCCGAUUCCGUAAGUUCUUUGUGUACGCCCUUAACUUUGACGAACAAGACCCUCGUACCUACAAAGGGUUGGAUCUCCGGAAGAUGACCGUCAAAAGUCUCUUCCGGAGAUUCGACUUGGGCCAAGAUGUCACCGAUUUUACAGGACAUGCCUUGGCCCUCAAUCGUACCAACAGCUAUCUAGAUCGCCCUUGCAUCGAAAUCUUGGAGAAGAUCCAACUCUAUACGGAAUCCCUGACCAAGAAUGGAAAAAGCCCUUACCUCUACCCAAACUUCGGAAUGGGGGAGCUGGCGCAGGCCUUCGCUAGGCUGACCUCCAGCCAAGGCGGCAUUUUCUUAACAAACAGACCAGUAGAGGAGAUUCUCAUCAGGGAAGGCCGGGUUGUGGGCAUCAGGUCUGAGGGUCAGAUCACAAGGUGCAAGCAGCUGAUUUGUGAUCCCAGCUAUGUACCAGACCGUGUGCGCAAGGUCGGCCAGGUCAUCAGGGCUAUCUGCAUUCUCGGGCACCCUGUUAAAAACACCAACGGCGCCAAUUCUGGACUCAUCAUUGUCCCUUCUGCUCAGACAAAUCGCAGAUCGGACAUAUAUAUUUUCCUUACCUCAUCCAUGCAUAGUGUGGCUGUGCAGGGCAAAUACAUCGCCAUUGUGAGUACUGCUUUGGAGAGUAAAGAUCCUGAAAAAGAAAUCCGUCUGGCUCUGGAGCUCCUGGAGCCCAUUGAACAGAAAUUCCUUUAUAUAAGUGACCUCCAUGUGCCCAAUGACUUGGGGACCAAUAGUCAGAUCUUCAUAACAACCAGCUAUGAUGCCACCGCCCACUUUGAGAGUACCUGUAUGGACAUAAAAGAAAUCUAUAGAAGGAUGACAGGAUUGGGACUGAAAUUUGACUAA